CAAAAUAAUUGUUUUCAUAGCGAAUUGCCAGUGCGCUGUGCAAGUGAUGCACAAAACUGGUUAAAUAAAUUAACAAAACAAACGGGUCAAAGCGGCAAGGUGGGCGCAUCGGGACAAAGAGGGCGUGGCAAAUCGGAAUAUAGCACCAACCAAUCCCCAGAAGGUGCGACGUAAGCGUAAUAUGCGAAAAUCGCUACCAUGAAAAAGGCCAAGGGAUCAAGCUCCCUUGGAACGAAGGGAUCAUCAUCCCGGAGACUAUCUUCUUCGGCUGUGGUGGUGUCCAAGGAGUCCGGGGGAUCUGCGGAGUCUGCAGAAUCGGCGACGCUGCAGCAGGACGGCAAGGAGCAGCUGCCGGAUCGGAAGAACUCGCUGGCAGCCAAGGAAUCUAUAAAAAUAGAGCCCUCGAGCAAUCAGCCAUUGAAGGAUGAGCCCUUGAAAGAUGAACCCAACCAAGGCGAGUGCACUGCCAUCUCCCCCAUCCCAGCAAUUGAGAAGUUACGCCGCUUCUGCUUUAUUGGCUCCACGGACGACCCCGUCUACGCCACACCCGCACUGGACCUUGCUGUCGAGAACAACUUCGCAUCGCUGAAGGAACUCUGCGCCCAAGUGAGCGAAGUCGAGAUGGCCGAGUGCUUGGCGAGUGUUUUGGGCAGCGGGCCGAAUGCGGAGCACCUUCCCCGACCUGACGAGCCGCUCCUCAUCCUGGCUGUUUUCCUUACCACGUGCGACGACGAGAAGGAACGAAAGUUGGUGCGCAAUAGAUUCGCCGACCUGAUCACCAGCGAUUUGGAUCUCCUACUGUUCGUCCAGCUGGUCAAGCGAGUCCAGAAGGUGCUCGAACGUAAAACGCCCUUCAAUCGCACAGUGCGGAAGGCCGUCCUCGAAUGGUAUGGCAAUCAAUCGCUUGACCGCCUUCUCCACAUGUGGUCGGUGGGAGAUGGAAAUCGUUGGCCGUCGCAUCGCGAUCUGCUGCACCGCUGCCAUUAUCGGGAUGCUAAUUUUCAACCGGAAAUCAUCGCUGCCUUAAGGCUGCUCUCAUCUUCGCCAAAGGAGCUCUCGCAGUGGCCCGAUUUUUUAACGCCCCUGAACAGCUUUCGCGAUAUCAUUGAGGGUGUAGUAAAGCUUCGACUUCUAACGGAUCCCGGACAAGCUCUUCCCAUUGUGAAGAAGUUGUCGCUGAGCUGGGAGCAUGUGCCAUUGCAGUUGCUUCACGACCCCGGCCUGGCGAAGUUCCUUAUUCCACGCAUGAGCUACGACCAACUCCUUCAAAGUUGGCCACGCCUCUCGCGACUCCACCACCAGGUGCGCCCCUUUGCUGAGCAAUUGCUGGACGAGAAGAAGCUUAGGUCGGGCAAUGUUCCGCCCGUACGUCUGCUGCUGGAGGAUAUGCGUCUGAGGAAGCCCAAAAAGGUGUAUCCAACUUUGGUGCAAAAGGCGAGUUUCCUGCAUAGCGUCUACGAGAUAUCCUUUGGCCAGAACAAGGCACUCGGUAGGCGACUGCACAUUACCCUUAAUCUGGAGAAGACCUAUCUGGGCAAAUACCUUUCCGGUCGAUGUCGUUCGCUCAAAUACUUAGAUGCCCUGGUGGCAUUGGCUUUUGGCUAUUUCCGCAGCGACCCCAAGGUGACGGUGGAGUUUUGGCACGACCGCAGUGGCCAGUUGAAGACGCUGCCCUGGACAAAGGAGAUGACUGUUUCAGAGGCCACGGCCUGUUGCGAGAAUCAGAAGGUGGGUAAAGUCAGGCAAUCGCUGAAUAGAAUUCUGGACAGGGCGCUUUUGGAUGAGCAGAACACGUUUGACGUAUUUUUGGUGCUGGUGCCGGGUGCCGCGCGAGGAAAUCCGGAAAAUAAUUCGAAAAGCUUGGCUGCUUUAAUGGACAAGUAUCGCGAAAAGCGAAGUUCUAAUGCUAAAUUCAUUGUAGUGAGCCUGCGGCAGCAUCAACGCUCCAUGAUGUAUUCCGGCGGACGAAACGAGAACUUGUUAGAGUUGUGCAGCCUGGAUAAGCACACUCCGCGUUUGAUUAACGCAUUUGUCCGCAGGAAGUUCUACUAGACGGUGAGCCGCACUGCGAAUAACCGACGACCCAUUUAAUCGCACAGCUGCAGGCAGAAAGCAGUUCCAUUUGUUGAAGGACGAUGGCCAUCGGUUAGUUGCCAUCGGCCAUCUCUCUCGCUUUCAUAGACGCUAGGGCGCUCGGUCCUCUCACUCCCGUUUCGAAUAGCUUUCAUGUAACAUAUAUAGAUAGGCCCUUGGUGCGUAAUCGUUGUAGAGCCAGGCCAACUCAAUGCUACAUUCAUACUUACGUACUAAUAAUGAUAAUAGUUGCAUCCCGGAAUUCAGAAUUGCAAUCGGGUUAGUAAGAUAUUUUUAUCGCUCGUUUUGUGUAUUGACAUUUGUAUUCGUAUUUGUAAUUUGUACUAGAUUUGGUGGAUUAAUUUUUUGAAAUCAAACUGAAUCAACUGAACUGAACUCAAUCUAAAUUCAAUUUGGAUUUAAAACAAUCUCAAUGAAAUCGCAAGCGCAAACAACAAACAAAAAACAAAAAACAGACAAAAACAACAAACAAAUUGCCUUACAAACAAAAAUGUUAGUAAAACUUUCAUUUUAGUUUAGACUUUUUCAAAAAUUGAAUACUGGAACUGAAACACAAUUUAUGGCAUUUAGAUAAAGUUAAAGUUAAAUGUAAACUAAUCGUAUCGCCUAUGUAUUGAAUAUUAAUCUAACGUAACUUUAAAAUAGUCCAAGUCAAAGCAAUAAUCACCAAUCACUAAGCAAAUCCAGUUAUAGCCGCAGAUCGAUUAUAAAUUUAUGUUGUGCUCGAAUAGAAUCGAAUUGAAUUAGCUAAAUAGUUGAAACGCGUACAAGGCAACAAAUUGAAGGAAUAGAAAACAAAACUCCCAAUGUGCCAUACACAACCUGCGACCCACAAAACACAUUCACCCCAUACACUUGACCAGUAUACAUAUUUAUGAGGAUUGUGCAAAAUUGCCGAACCGAAACCAUAUAGAGAACAAUAACGAAACGACGAGCAAACGCUACCAAUUUGACUAAAAUUAGUUAAGUGAAAUUAUACUCAAAUUACAAUUAAAUUACAUUUACUUGUAUAGAAAGCAAAGCAACCAAUUUGGAAGAUAAGCAACCAAAAGCCAACUGAAAAUAGGACAAUUGAAAUCGAAAAUUAACUAACCGGAAAUCGAAAGGACAAAAAAGAAAAUAGGAAAUAUUUCCACGGACAUUUCUAACCAAAUGUUUCCACACGCGUCUGUGAAGUAAACCGUUGUGAUCGCUUUAGAUUUUGAUUUAAACAAAACAAAUACAAAUACAAAACUACAAACUACUAAAUACUGAAUACUGAAUACAAAAACAGAUAAGCCGGCACAUGAGCCGCAACAGGCAGCUAUAAGUUAUUUUAUAUAGUUUGUAAACUCGAAAUCAGUAGGAGCGUAACCGAAAAGUACCUAUAGAACAAAAGCUAAACUAAAAAUGAAACUGAUACUGCAGAGCCAGAGCCAACCAACCAAUUGAACUCCAAAAAUCCAACACAAUUACACAUAAUGUAUUCAACUAACCCUCGCUGCCCGUGGGAAAUCCAGAGUAAGGUUGAUGGUAGGACAAAGUAUGGAUCUACGGACUACCGCAGAAUGUAUACACUUUACAGAUUUUUGAGGAAAGAACUGGUCCUCACAUUGAUUUGAAUUUAUUGUUACUAAUGUUAAGCUAAGUUCUAACCUCUUUGAAAGAGUUUUGACCAUAAGAAUAAUUUAAAGACACGCAACAAAACCAACUACAGUGAAAUGAGUUGAGACUCCAACGUAUUUUUUUCCUACUUGGUGGUCUCCCUUUAUUAUUAAUUUUACAUCCAUUUUAGUUUAGUACUCAAGAAGUUUUCUAUCUGCCUAAGCACACAAAUUUUGUGGUCCGAGUAAGAUACGUAUGUGUAAGAAAAAUUUCGACACAUACGCAUACGCAUUCCAAUUGGAAAAAUGUUCUAUAUUUUUGUAUUAUUAGAUUUAACACCUUUGUAAUGUUAUUGUUACUAGAAAAGUUACAAAUUCAGUUAAGUGUAAAGUGUAUUUCACGUAAAAACGCAACCAGACAGUUUUGUAAACAGUAAAGUCACCGAAAAGUUGAAGCACGUAAAAAGUAAAAGAAAGAAAACUAAAGCCAAGGAAACACAUUUCAGUUAGAGAAAAUUUUAAUAAAGAAAAUUAUUGUUGUUGAUCAAAUCAAAUCAAUUUAAAGGAAACUAAAAAUAAAACCAAAACUAAAACUGAAACUGAAAUCGA